GUGAGUGUAUAGCUGCCUUUGUGCUCAUGAGCCAUACUAGUCAACAACAAUCCAUAGCUCAUGUACACAGAAGCACUGCAAAUACACUUUUUUCUAAUAGUCAGAUUACACUGUUCAGUACAAAUUGAAAAGAGGUAAAUGAUGUCUGUGAAGCCUUCUUAUCUCCUACAAUCAGAUGAUUACCAUUAAUUCUUCAUAAAAAUUAAUUUCUAAAUUUCUCUGUGAGCAAACCCAGACGAAGUUAAGUGCAUAAUACGUCAGUGCUGAUAAACCUGACUACUGGUGCAAAAUAGAUCUCCAGUCAGUAAUUAAAACAAAAUGUUUUUUAUAUACAUUUUGCUACUAACAGUUGGAAACAUAGUGUGCCAUCCUGAGAGAGUUAUUGUUAAGCUAGCCAAUGGUGGUACAAGUCGACCCAUACUAGUGCAACCCUUUAAGCACAACCAUGAUCAUCUGGUACAACCCCUGGAACACAACCAUGAGCCUCCUAGUAUUUCCACAACAAUAGACAAAAACCUGGUCCCAGUCCCUCAAGCCUUAACUCAAGGACAACCACAUAAAGAAGAGAAUAAAGGUAAGGCAGUAGAGUUUGAGAAAGGAACAAAUUCUUUGCAGAAAAUUGUCAAUGAUUCAGAUACAGCACCACACAAUACUGAUGUGGAUAGAAAAGGUGCACAAGAAAAAUAUUUGCAGAAUCAUACUCAAAAAAGUGUGGUAACAUCUCAAAGGGGGUCAGCAAAUGACAAAGUAUACAGUGAACAUACAACUCAUAGUGUUACAAUUGCUGAAGUCAACUCCUUUUAUAUAGAUAUAAAUGGGGAAGAUAACCUUAGGGAAGGCAGAGACAUUGAUGAAAAUAUAGAAGUCCUUAGUAUUAAAAUGAUCACUCCCCAAACAACCGUCAAAAGCACAAAAGAAAUACUGACUACAGAAAUACCACAUACACCUAAAAUUCCCUUGGAGCAAACAAGCACCCCACAAAGCACAAGGGAUGCAGGCGUCUCACCAUCGAUGGCACCUCCCGAGCUUCCCUGUCAUGAGUCGUGCAUUGCAGCUCUAAACAAAACAAUAUUAUACGGGGACACCAGCUUAGUACUCAGCCAAGGCUCGGACCUGACGCUUGUCUGCGAACUUCCACUUAAUGUGAGUCUUUAUAGGGAGAAUCUCAUCUGGCUCUUCCAUCCCAACAACAGCCCUGAAGGUCAAUGUUCUCUCACCACACAAGAAUUCCUCCCCUCUUGUUAUGGAUUCCAAAGCAUUAAGAACACUGAUGACCGCAAUGCUACCUUCCUCAGAGAAACCAUCACACUGAGCAAUAUCCAGACUAAUCAUACAGGUCAAUAUAUGUGUCAGGUGCAACUAACGUGUUGCUUAAACAGUAAAGAGCACACCAUGAGUCAAGAACGCAUUCUCUACGUAAGAGUGUGGAUAUCCAACUACAUCCUUGAUCUAGCCGUGACUGGGACCGUGGCUGCAGCACUCCUGCUGCUUGUAGUCGCAGUCACCUACUAUUUAACUCAACGUCAACACGACGAUUAUGCUAUUGUUGAAGACAUGAGAGAUAUCAAACCAUCAACAGUGCUCCACAUGCCAUUAAUUGAUGACCAAGAUAAUGACAGCUUUGAUAGUAACUUUGAUGAAUAAAACUAGUGCUUAUUAAUGCAGUGUAAUAACCUACAUUAACUAAGGAUUGUGUUCAUCUAGUUAACUAAGGUACUUUAUGAUUCUGUAAAGCUUUAACCUUUGCCCCUAACAUAAUCUUCCUCUUACUCAUAUAAGAAAUGUACUGCUUACAAGGACAUGCCUCUUUUUUUUUUUUUUUUUUUUUUUUUUUGACAUGUACAGCAGACCCCUGGUUUUCGUAAUUAAUUCAUUCCAGAAGGUUGGCCAAAAUCUGAAAUGGUCGCAAACUGAAGUAAUAUUUCCCAUAAGAAAUAAUGUAAAUCCAAUUAAUCCAUUUCAGACACCCAAAAUUAUUAACAAAAAAUACAUUCUAUAGAGAAUAACUCUAGUUUUACAUACAGAAAACAAUGAGGAAUAACUAUAAAUGACUAACUUUAAUGAUAAAUGAACAUUACAUGUAUAUACCUUUAUUGAAGACUCUUGUUGGUGAGUAGUAUUCAUUUGUGGUCCCAGACGGACUACAUCCCAGGUAUAUACUUACCGGCUACAUACACUGUGGCCUACAGCCAUAUUAUUACCAUCGGCAUACCAUGUUCACUGAGUUUAAUCGUAUCUAACAACUACCUUUAGAUGCCAUCAUAAACAAAGGGAGAAGUAAUGAAUAAUUGAUGCUGAGAACUGUAAACAAAAGCAGAGUGUUAAGGGGAGUGACUGGGCCAAAUGCAGAUUCAUAUGUUUUCUCUGAAGCCGGACCAGAGAAAAUGUAAUGUUUACCUUCCACAAACUACCAUCCCUGGAUAGCAUAUAAAUAUUGCAUGUUUAUAUACUACGUGUAAUGUUUUUCUUAUAUAAUUUUGAAGAAAAUAUCAUAGAUGGAUUAAUGAAAAUGUCUACAUUAAUGUAAAAUAAGACAUGUAAUGUGCCCAAGAGUGAUUAUUAUUGCGUACUAUUAGGAUUACUAUGGCGUUAAGACUAGAGGGACACUCUUAGUGAACGAGUAACAAAGGCAUGUUUAUAUGCUAUGUAAUGUGUUUCUUAUAGUAUAAUUUUGAAGAAAAUAUCAUAGAUGAAUUAAUGAAAAAUGUCUAUAUUAAUCUAAAGUAAGACAUCUCAUGUUCCCAAGAGUGAGUCACAAACGUAUGAGCAGCCCAGGAGCACACAUCCGAUACCAACGAUUUCCAAGCGGAUGUACGAAACCCGGGGGAAAAUUCCACUAAAAAAAGUGAUCAAAAUCCAAAUUGUACGAUUUCCACACCGGCUGAAAAUCUGGGGUCCACUGUGCUCAAAUAUUGAGGACACUGUGUAAUUAUGAAGAUUGACUAUAAUUAUUUUUUCCACAUUUCUCAAAUAGAAUUACAUUCAAGAAGACACCAUUUUUUGUAAUUUUUUAUUACACUAUGAAUUAACCCUUAAACUGUCCAAAGGUAGAUCAACGUUCACAUGCAUACCGCUCUGAAUAUUUUUGGAAAAAAAAAAAAAAAAUUAAAUUAACCAUUU